GAAAUAGAUGAAGCGAAUAGACAUCACUUUUAGAGGGUGUAAAAAUGCAUGGCAGGCUACCAGCACUUGCAUAUCGAAAUUAUUAAAAAGUAGGGACGUGCGACUGUGAGAGAUGAGCUAUUUACUGACCAUGUGGUAUUCGAUUUAGAGUAAAAAUGCAUGUCAGGCUACCAGCACUUGGUUUACUGGUGUUGUGUUCUCCUAGUAGUCCAUAUGAUAGGAGGACAUGCCAAAACUAAAAGGAAAGGUCGAUACAAAGCAUAUCAAGCUCACCUAAAGCAUUGGAGGCGACAUGUUGAGUGGAAGAGAGACCGGUUCAGCGGAGGCUGCAGGGCGGCUCCGCCUGCUUGCGCUCGUCCUCUUCCUCUCAGUGAUGCCUCACGGAGCGCUCUCCCGGGGACUGGAGUUCCCGCCCCUGCCACCGCCGGCAGAGAUCACGACGUGCAACAACGUCACCUAUCCAUUUGGCACCAGAGGCAAAUCUCUACUGCCCGGCUUCCAGGUAACAUGCUGGCAAAACAAUGAGUCCAUGCUACCGAUCGGCGAUCAUAGCUACAGAAUCGACCAAGUGUCCGCGGAAGGAGGCUUCGUUAUCAUCAUAGUCGGGGCCAUCCACCAAGUGUGCCACGACCACAACGGCAAGCCCAUGAAGAGCACUGGAAUCGGUGAGAUCAGCUUGGAAGGGACUCCGUUCUUCUCCAGCCGCAACAAGCUGGUGGUUACUGGAUGCAACUACAGACUAGUUGCCAACUUCGCCGGUGAAAUCAACCCCUCAACACUUACCAGCUGCUCUCCAUAUUGUGACGGAAGAUCCAGCACCACCAGCGCCACCGAUUGCAAUCAUGGGGUAGCCUGCUGUGAGACCCCUAUGCCGAUGAACGCCUCUCAAGAAUUCACCUUGACGCUUGAGAAGAUACAAGGGCCCAUCACAAGCGACGAGAACAGCACCUGCAGCACUGCAUUCUUCCUCGACCAAGAUGAAGAUGUCUCCGUGAACAGCAGCGAUGAUGGGCAGACCCCGCUGAAAGGCCCGCUGUUGCCAGCUGGUGACCAUAGGAUGAUCUUGGAUUGGACAGUUGGGCGUGGCACAUGUGACCAGGCCCUAAACUACAACUUCGCGACACAGUACUGCAACGAUAAGAGCGAAUGCAUCGACGCAGUCAGUGGAGCAGGCUAUCUCUGCAACUGCAAUGCAGGGUACUAUGGGAACCCGUACACCGCGGAUGGAUGCCUAGAUAUCAACGAAUGCCGGAAUAACGAAAGCAACAGUUGCAUCCACCGGGACUUCUGCAACAACACUGAAGGAGGUUUUACUUGCUCUUGUCCCCAGAACAUGAUAGGUGAUGGUUACAGGACAGGGACAGGCUGUACUGAGGCGCCCAUACCAUCUGGUUCCCCUCAGCAACAACCGCAAGGUUUAAAUCCGUGCACUCACCCUGAAACGAACCCCUGCGAGUACCCGAAGUACUGCAGUGAUGGGCAAGGGGAUGUUUGGUGCGAUUGUCCUCAAGGCAUGAGUGGCGAUGGCCGGAAAAAGGGACGUGGCUGUCAAAAGCACUUCCCUAUAGACAUUGUUUUGGGUGUAGGUCUUGCACUUGUGGUAACAGUAACCACCACGGCUCUGUGCUAUUACUGGAGCAUGAAAAGAAGAGAGGCGAGAAGAAAGAGAGCUGAGUUAUUCAGGAAGAAUGGAGGAUUGCUGUUGCAGCAGAGAUUUUCGGCAAUCACAUCUCAAGGCAAGGACUCGUCAGCAAAGAUAUUCAGUGCAGAAGAGCUGAAGACUGCUACUAACAACUAUAGUGAGAGUCGGGUCCUUGGCCGAGGUGGAUAUGGAACAGUGUACAAGGGUGUUCUUCCUGAUGAGACUGUGGUUGCUGUAAAGAAGUCCAGGGUUUUUGAUGAGAGCCAGGUAGAGCAGUUUGUCAAUGAAAUUACCAUCUUAUCACAGAUCGAUCACCCAAAUGUUGUCAAGCUUUUGGGAUGUUGUCUAGAGACACAAGUUCCAUUGUUGGUGUAUGAGUUCAUACCCAAUGGAACACUCUUCCAGCACAUCCACAACAGAAGUCCACCUCACUCCUUAACAUGGGAAGACACCUUAAGGAUAGCUGCAGAAACAGCAGAAGCACUUGCCUAUCUGCACUCCACAUCUUCUAUACCAAUCAUUCAUAGGGACAUCAAAUCAAGCAACAUACUGUUGGACGAGAACUUUGUGGCUAAAAUAUCAGACUUUGGUGCAUCGAGAUCAGUUCCAUUUGAUCAAACGCAUGUAACAACCCUUAUUCAAGGAACCAUAGGGUACCUCGAUCCUGAAUAUUUCCAAAGCAGUAUGCUAACAGAGAAGAGUGACGUCUACAGUUUUGGAGUAGUUCUUGCAGAGCUAUUGACAAGGCAGAAGCCUAUCUCGGUAGGCAGGUCAGAGGAAUCGUGCAACUUAGCCAUGCAUGUAGUGAUUCUAUUUACUGAAGGCUGCCUACUUCAGGAGAUAGAGCCACAUAUUUUGGAAGAAGCAGGUGAAGAGCAACUGUAUGCGGUUGCGCACCUCUCUGUGAGAUGCUUAAAUUUGAGUGGACAAGAACGACCAGUUAUGAAGGAGGUGGCUUCAGUUUUAAAUAAGCUAAGACGGUCAUUUGCCAAGGAACAAACAAUGAGAAGAAAAGAUGAACCUGUACAUAAAAAUAAUGAGCUUGUACAUGAGGCAAUACCAAUUUCCAGCCUGCACUGUUCAGAAGGAAGCACACAGUUCAGCAUGGAAGCUGAAAUGAUAGCUUCUUCUGAUUCGCCAAGAUGAUGUACUUCUCGGAAAUAUUCUAAUGUAACUUGAUAUCGAGAAGACGAUGUGCAAUAUAUUUAUGGAGACAUUAUCUAAAAUAGCUCAGAGUAAUCACUAGUUCGGUCAACACUCAACAAUCACCACUGUACUGAUUUCCCAACUUUGGGGCCAGAUCCAAAUCUAACUUCUAAUUUAAAAUAUUUCAAUGGUAUCAA